GUGUCUCUCUCCUACUCUGAGACAGAGUCAGAACUCUUCUCCCUGACAGCCACAAACAUCUACAGCACUUACUGCAUUCAGAGAGGGAACCUGCAAACAAAACUUCACAGAAAACUUUCUAUUCUUGUUCCAGAGAAUUUGCUGAAGAGGCGAGGGGAAAAAAACAAACAUACAAACAAACAACAAAAAAACCUGUGUGUGAAGAGAGAGGAAAAGCAGGGCCUUUUAAAAAGGGAAUCACAACAACUUUUGCUGCCAGGAUGCCUUUGCUUUUGAAGAGAGGAUUUUUGUUGGUGCUUUGCUGGAUUAUAGUGAGGAGUUCUCCAACCCCAGGAUCUGAGGGGCACAGUUCAGUCACUGACUGCCCAUCGUGUGCCCUUGCCACACUCUCAAAGGAUGUGCCAAGCUCACAGCCUGAGAUGGUGGAAGCAGUAAAGAAGCACAUACUGAACAUGUUGCACUUGAAGGACAGACCUAACAUCACCCAGCCGGUGCCCAAGGCAGCACUUUUAAACGCCAUAAAAAAACUCCACGUAGGAAAGGUGGGAGAGGAUGGCUAUGUGGAAAUAGAGAAUGACAUUGGAAGAAAAGCAGAAAUGAAUGAACUUGUAGAGCAAACUUCAGAAAUCAUCACAUUUGCAGAAUCAGGCACCGCUAAGAAAAUGCUGCACUUUGAGAUUUCCAAGGAAGGCAGUGACCUAUCAGUAGUGGUGCAAGCUGAAGUGUGGCUCUUCCUGAAAGUCUCCAAGGCCAACCGAAGCAGAACAAAAGUGACCAUCCGACUGUACCAACAGCAGAGACAGCCCAAAGGCAACUCUGAAGGGGCAGAAGAAACGGAGGACGGAGAACUGAAGGAUGAUAAAAGUGAGACUCUCAUCUCUGAAAAGGCGGUGGACACCCGGAAAAGUACCUGGCACCUCUUUCCUGUCUCCAGUAGUGUGCAAUACCUGUUGGACCAGGGCAGGAGCUCCCUUGAUGUGCGGAUUGCUUGUGACCAAUGCCAGGAGACUGGAGCCAGCCUGGUGCUGCUGGGCAAGAAGAAGAGGAAAGAAGAGGAUGGGGAAGGGAAGGAGAAGGAAGUUGGGGAAUCCACAGUAGAAGAGGAGAAAGAGCAGUCACACAGACCUUUCCUGAUGAUGCUUGCUCGGCAUUCCGACGACCGCCUGCACAGACGACGGAGACGGGGCCUGGAGUGUGACGGCAAGGUCAACAUCUGCUGCAAGAAGCAGUUCUUCGUCAGCUUCAAGGACAUUGGAUGGAAUGACUGGAUCAUUGCUCCCACAGGUUACCAUGCCAACUACUGUGAAGGUGAAUGCCCCAGCCACAUAGCGGGCACAUCUGGUUCAUCAUUAUCCUUCCACUCCACGGUCAUCAACCAUUACCGCAUGAGGGGCCACAGCCCCUUCUCCAACCUCAAGUCAUGUUGUGUGCCCACCAAGCUACGGCCAAUGUCCAUGCUAUACUAUGACGAUGGACAGAACAUCAUCAAGAAGGACAUUCAGAAUAUGAUUGUGGAGGAGUGUGGCUGCUCAUAGACACACACACCCACACCAAGGGCCUGUUGUCUGUGUGGAGAAUUGAAAAGAAGCUGCAGUAGAGGAAAGACCCGACUAUGGUUUAAUCUUUCCAACUGAAACAAUUUUUAAAAAAAAGACAACACAUGGAGUUCAAAAAGACUGAAGACAGACAAAGGAAGAAAAAGAGCGCAUAAACAAACAGGGCUUGAAUGAGAAAAUUUUUGAAUAGCAGUGUGGGAAGGGGGAUUCCCCUUCCUUUCAAUAUG